AUGGAGCCCAAUUACACAGACUCCAGCAAGGAGACUGUACAAUGUGUCUCUCGUGUCCAUACUAUUGUGAAAAGCUCUCCAAAAUCAUUAUGGCAAUCGGUCAAAGCAUCCCCACGAAUUGUCGGGUACUGCCUCGCCUUGAGUUCCGCGAUUCUAAUGUAUGGCUAUGACCUUGUCAUUGUUGCAGCAGUGGCCGCAAUGCCACAAUUUCAGUAUGUGUCUUACACUGAGACAAUCGGAUUAUACGUGCUGACAACUGCCAGAAUGAAGUUCGGCCAAGAGUUCAACGGGAUUUACAUUAUCCCAUCCAUGUGGCUGUCACUAUGGAAUGUCUCAAGCUGCAUCGGGCUGAUGUUUGGAUCGAUUAUCGGUGGCUACUACCAGGAGCGACGUGGACGGCGUAUCACACUUGCAAUUGGCAGUUUCUUAUCCACUAUCGCGGUUGCCAUUUGUUAUAUUUCAGACCUUCCAGACGAAAUCGACAGCCGACGUGGGGUGUUCUUUGCUGGAAAGCUGUUCCAAGGAGCAUGUAUCGGUAUCAUGUUGGGUGUCUCGCAAACAUACAUGUCUGAGGUGUUACCUGUGGUGCUCCGUGGACCUAUCAUUGCAUUCUAUCCAAUCUUCACCCUCCUCGGGCAACUGAUCGGCUCGGCUGUAGUCUACACCUCGCUCAAGUACACGGGGGCUCAUUCCUAUCGAGUUUGCUUUGCGUCGCAAUGGCCAUUUUCGGCUGUUCCGCUCAUUUUAGCAGCUUUGUUACCCGAAAGUCCCACGUGGCUGUUGAGGAAGAAGCGACCACAAGAAGCUCUGAAAGCGCAAAAGAGACUUGACACAGCCCGGGUUGACUCGGACGCUGUCAUUGCCGCUGUCCAAACAUCGAUUCUGGCCGAGGAAGAAGAGACAGGAAACAGCAGCUACAUCGAGUGCUUCCGAGGAGUGAACACCAGGAGAACAAUGAUAGUCGCCUUUGCGCAGCUCAUUCCUCAAUUAUUCGGGCUGCAGCUGUUGGCCAAUAGCUCAUACUUCAUGCAGAUUGUUGGGAUGAACUCAUCCAACAGCUUGAUGAUAUUGAUGCUCGGUAUCGCACUUGGAUUGCUGGGAAACAUCGGCAGUUUAUGGACACUGAGUGCCUUUGGGCGAAGGGUCCUGACCCUUUCUUCUCUGGCCAUUGUUGCGGUGCUUUGGUUAGGCAUGGGAAUCGCAGGCAUCUUCCAAGGAACUGUCACUAUUUGGUAUUCAGCAAUCACACUGAUGCUUGUUGUCACGAUUUCCGGCCUGGGCUCAUGGCCAGCAUCCCAAGUCGUUUCCACCGAAGCCUCGUCUCUGAAGCUUCGGUCCCAAACACUCGCAAUCGGCUGGUUUACCGCUGGUGUUGGCACUGGGGUAUUCGCCAUAAUUCUUCCCUACAUCUAUAAUCCAGAUGAGGGAAACCUUUGUGCCAAGACGGGAUUCGUGAUGAUGGGCAUCGCGACGGUCGGCUUUGUUCUCACCUGGCUAAUUGUACCAGAGAUGAAAGAUCGAACGCCAAUGGAGAUAGAUCGGAUGUUUGCCCUGAGACUCCCGGCUCGGAGAUUCAAGAACUGGCAAAGUGACGUAGUCACUUCAACUGAAACUACCGACUCGGAUCGCGCGGGAUGA